AUGGUUCAACAUCUGCAUGCAUUCCUCUACACCAUUGCGGUCAUAUUGCAGUCGUCCGGGGUUGAUGGUCGUCUUCGUUCGCUAUGCUUCAAAGCGUGGACCAUUCAGCUGACAGCUCAUGAACAGGAGUUGCUUAUUCUCACAUGUAACAUCCUUGGAACGGUCGGUGGUGUACUGUCGGAACCAUCAGUGUCUGAAAAUUGGAUAACUGAUUCAGCAGAUCGGUCCCAUACUGUCCAGAAGGGCCACGAAAGUGUUGAUGUCAAGGUCUGUUCAGUUUAUCCUUGA